AUGACUGUCACCGGCGCUACCAACGGUGCUUCCAGCCACCCAGCCCUGGACUUGACCGUCCUGGGCUUGAACAGCGGCACAUCAAUGGAUGGAAUCGACUGCGCUCUGUGCCACUUCCGCCAGGAGACUCCCGAGUCUCCCAUGCAUUUCGAGCUUCUCAAGUAUGGCGAAAUUCCUCUCGAGCAGACCAUCAAGAAGCGGGUCAUGAACAUGAUCCUUCACAAUAAGACCUCCCCCUCGGAGCUAUCGGAAGUCAACGUCAUUCUGGGAGAGACAUUUGCGGCUGCCGUCAAGGAGUUUUGCCAGGAGCACCACGUCGACAUUGAGACCAUCGAUGUGAUCGGAUCGCAUGGGCAGACCAUCUGGCUCCUCUCCAUGCCAGAGCCAGGCGAAGUGCGCAGCGCGCUCACCAUGGCCGAGGGCACGUUCUUGGCUUCUCGCACCGGAAUCACCACCGUCACCGACUUCCGAGUCAGCGACCAGGCUGCCGGUCGUCAGGGCGCGCCGCUGAUCGCCUUCUUCGAUGCCUUGCUGCUCCACCACCCCACCAAGCUGCGCGCCUGUCAGAACAUUGGCGGAAUUGCCAACGUCUGUUUCAUCCCCCCCGACUCGCACGGCGGAAUCGAUGCCUGCUACGAUUUCGAUACCGGCCCGGGCAACGUUUUCAUCGAUGCCGUGGUGCGCCACUACACCAAUGGCGCGCAGGAGUAUGACAAGGACGGCGAGAUGGGGGCGCGCGGCACCGUCGACCAGGAACUCGUCGACGAAUUCCUCCAGAACCAUCCCUACUUCCGCCUCGACCCGCCCAAGACCACCGGCCGCGAAGUCUUCCGGGACACCCUUGCCUUCGAGCUCAUCCGCAAGGCGGAAAGCAAGGGACUCAGCCCCGACGACGUGGUCGCCACCAUCACACGCAUCACCGCCCAGGCCAUUGUGGACCACUACCGUCGCCCACCAAACCCCAACAUCGUCCAGUAUAUCCAGAAACACUACCCGAAUACACGCAUCCUGAUGCUGGACGCUGCCGGGAUCCCCGGCGGCGCCAAGGAGGCCAUCACCUUCGCCUGGCAGGGCAUGGAGGCGAUUGUGGGCCGUUCGAUCCCCGUGCCGACUCGUGUCGAGACCCGGCAGGAGUAUGUUCUGGGCAAGGUAUCGCCUGGCAAGAACUAUCGCAAGGUGAUGCGACACGGGAUGCUGUUUGGCCAAGGGCGGGACCACCUCUCGCCCGUGAGUGAGAUGGUCAAUUAUGUCAAUGGGAAAGUGUUUGACAACAAAUGGUGA